UAAGAAACACGAGUUGUCUUUUAAUUGAAACUUUUAAUCCUGUAGUAUAUGAGUUCACCUUCUUAGGACUAGAGACUGUGCCUUAUAGCUGUUAAUUCAUUUCCCCCUGAACAUCAAAUACUCCUGAAGAGAAGAAAGUCUAGAUUCUUCUAUGAGUAACGCCCCCUCCUCACUCAGGUAAAUGUGUCUGGGGAUGCCUGUCCGGCUUAACCACGUGCAUUUGGCCUAUAUGAUCCUGCCCAUGGUGGCCGCAGCUAAUCAGAAUCAGAUGGAAAAUUAAACUAAGUAAUCUACUUCGAAGCCUUAAGAAUAUUCCCUGGGACACAGACACUAUAAUUGGGAGUGCUGAGCUCUGGGGCAGAAGGAUCAGGUGACCUUCGCAACAAAGUUUGCCCCCACCUCACGCAGGACCCGGAAGCAGCCCGAGUUGUGGCGGAGGAUCCAGGAAGCUACUGAGAGAAACAGCGAGCAUGGUGUUCCGUGCCUCCCGGACGUUUUUCAGGAGGCUGGUUGGACUUGGGUUCCUGGAUGGUGAGAUUGUUGUACAGCCUCUCAGGAGACCCUGCUGUCAAGACUGUGUGUGUGGAUUUCUCACCCUUAGGAGCUCUACUAAGACAUCAGCGGAGUUAGGGCCUUCCUUUUUUCCUUGUGAGUGCCAAAGAAAAGAGACUAUCUCGGUCACCUGAGCGCCAGCGAAAAGAAACUGUAUCCGUCACCCAGAGACCGUUUAUUGCCCAACACGUUAUUCUUGCUAUUGGUGGGGUAACUAGCCGAGGAAGACACAGCGCCUUCCCUUCAGGAGUUCCGUCCCCUCUGGAGGCCAUGAUGGUCUGCUCUGGAGCAUUGGGUGAACACACAGGCUGGCUGCUCUGGGCAGCGCCUUCACUCUGACCCUGAGAACCAUUUCAUUUCAUCCUGGUCAGUCUAGAGUCUGUGCACCAGGCAGUCCACCCACUGAAGCCUGUGUUUAUUCUUUUCCUGUGCCCCUCAUGAUGGAAGAAAGUAAACUGCUUAUCCCGAGCCUUAUCACAAUCUGCCACAUUCCUUCUUGUCUACCUGUUUAACUGUACCCCCAUCACAAAAACAUGCACAACUUUUUUUUUACGUUCCGGGGUACAUGUGCAGGAUGUGCAGGUUUGUUACAUAGGUAAACGUGUGCCAUGGUGGUUUGCUGCACCUAUCAACUCAUCACCUAGGUAUGCAUUAGCUAUUUUUCCUGAUGUUAGCCUGAUACAUAUAUUUCCUGAUAUUAGCCUGGCAUGCAUUAGCUAUUUUUCCUGAUGCUCUCCCAUCAUCUGCCCUCCCCAACAGGCCCCAGUGUGUGUUGUUCCCCUCCCUGUGUCCAUGUGUUUCAUGGUUCAGUUCCCACUUACAAGUGAGAACAUGUGGUGUUUGAUUUUCUGUUCCUGCAUUACUUUGCUGAGGAUAACGGCUUCCAGUUCCAUCCAUGUCCCUGCAAAGGACAUGAUUUCAUUCUGUGCAUUCUGUGGCUGCAUAGUAUUCCACGGUGUAUAUGUACCACAUUUUCUUUAUCCAGCCGAUCAUUGUUGGGCAUUUUGGUUGCUAACCAUGCACGAAUUUUAACUGACUUGUAGCUCAUUCAAGGAGUCAGUCCUGGCACACUCUACCUUACUAUCACUGUCAGCCUUUUCUCCUUCCUUCCUGACCUUCCCUCCUCCCAUCCCAUACUUCCCUUUUCACCUUGAGGAGCUAUGGGAAGUACUAGGUGGUAUGAAAGAGAGUGAGGAGAAGAUAAGAGUCCCUAUCCUACUGGUCAAUGUAUGCUUUUUAUGGGAAAACAAGAUAGAUAGCACCUGGCAACAUUUGUGAACAUUUCCUUCAAAAAUCUUUAAAUAUUUUUCACUAAGACUUAAAAAAAAAAAAAGGUUUUAUACAAAAGCAUAACUAAGGCAAAAGGUGAAGUAAAAAUAACAGUCAUCACCCAGAAUGCUAAGGAGACCUUAAUCUAAACCAGGAAAUUGGAAGGGCGAUUGGAAUAUGCUGUGUCUUCAUUAAAGUUGCUCUGUUAAUUAGUUAACACAUGCUUAUGCUUUCCAGUGGGAUGAAGUGAAACUCCCAAGUGUGUUUUGUAUUGUUGGUGUUUUUAUAUUUCUCAGCCAUCCCCCAAUCACAUUUUAGGGUUAUUACUAGAUUGACUUCCCCCAAAUAAAGUGUCUGCUGAGUGGGAGGAUGGAACAUUCUAAACUCAAUAUUCCAGAGCCUAGAAUCUAAUUGUUUCUGCCACUCACAGUGUGGCCUCGGGCAAGUCCCUUAUUCUGUCUGUGCCUUCAUUUCCUUCCCAGUCCAGAGAGGGCAGUUUGAUUUGAUCAUUUUAAAGGUGCCUUUUACCAAAAUUUUGUGAUUUCUUGAAAAUGAUGUUUGCAAGUCACCCACACCUUUGGGGAUGAGAGACUAAUAGCAGAUACCCUCAGAGAUUGGGAUGGAGAUUACUGAGCUUUCUUUUAUAGGCCAUUGGUUGUCAUUUAUACUCUUCUGAGGUUUUCAGAACAGGAAAAUAGGUGGGGUUAACUCUGCCCGUGAGAAACAUCUCGAGCGAACUAUGAUUUCAGUUGAAAGAUGUGUUUUUGUGAGUGGAGCACCGCAGAAGAACUGAAGACUGUUGUGUGCUCCCCACAGAAGGGGCUGCCAUGAUCCUUUCCUCCUAUAACACCAUCCAGUCGGUUUUCUGUUGCUGCUGUUGCUGUUCAGUGCAGAAGCGACAAGUGAGAACACAGAUAAGCCUGAGCACAGAUGAAGAGCUUCCAGAAAAAUACACCCAGCGUCGCAGGCCAUGGCUCAGCCAAUUGUCAAAUAAGAAGAAAUCCAACACGGGCCGUGUGCAGCCGUCAAAACGAAAGCCACUGCCUCCCCUCCCACCCUCUGAGGUUGCUGAAGAGAAGAUCCAAGUCAAGGCACUUUAUGAUUUUCUGCCCAGAGAACCCUGUAAUUUAGCCUUAAGGAGAGCAGAAGAAUACCUGAUACUGGAGAAAUACAAUCCUCACUGGUGGAAGGCAAGAGACCGUUUGGGGAAUGAAGGCUUAAUCCCAAGCAACUAUGUGACUGAAAACAAAAUAACUAAUUUAGAAAUAUAUGAGUGGUACCAUAGAAACAUUACCAGAAAUCAGGCAGAAUGUCUAUUGAGACAAGAGUCUAAAGAAGGUGCAUUUAUUGUCAGAGAUUCAAGACAUUUAGGAUCCUACACAAUUUCCGUAUUUGUGGGAGCUAGAAGAAGUAUGGAGGCUGCCAUAAAACAUUAUCAGAUAAAAAAGAAUGAGUCAGGACAGUGGUAUGUGGCUGAAAGACAUGUCUUUCAAUCAAUCCCUGAGUUAAUCUGGUAUCACCAGCACAAUGCAGCCGGUCUCAUGACUCGUCUCCGAUAUCCAGUUGGGCUGAUGGGCAGUUGUUUACCAGCCACAGCUGGGUUUAGCUACGAAAAGUGGGAGAUAGAUCCAUCCGAGUUGGCUUUUAUAAAGGAGAUUGGAAGCGGUCAGUUUGGAGUGGUCCAUUUAGGUGAAUGGCGGUCACAUAUCCAGGUAGCUAUUAAGGCCAUCAAUGAAGGCUCCAUGUCUGAAGAGGAUUUCAUCGAAGAGGCCAAAGUGAUGAUGAAAUUAUCUCAUUCAAAGCUAGUGCAACUUUAUGGGGUCUGUAUACAGCAGAAGCCCCUUUACAUUGUGACAGAGUUCAUGGAAAAUGGCUGCCUGCUUAACUAUCUCAGGGAGAAUAAAGGAAAGCUUAGGAAGGCAAUGCUACUGAGUGUAUGCCAGGAUAUAUGUGAAGGAAUGGAAUAUCUGGAGAGGAAUGGCUAUAUUCAUAGGGAUUUGGCAGCAAGGAAUUGUUUGGUCAGCUCAACAUGCAUAGUAAAAAUUUCGGACUUUGGAAUGACAAGGCACGUUUUGGAUGAUGAGUAUGUCAGUUCUUUUGGAGCCAAGUUCCCAGUCAAGUGGUCCCCUCCUGAAGUUUUUCUUUUCAAUAAGUACAGCAGUAAAUCUGAUGUCUGGUCAUUUGGAGUUUUAAUGUGGGAAGUUUUUACAGAAGGAAAAAUGCCUUUUGAAAAUAAGUCAAAUUUGCAAGUCGUGGAAGCUAUUUCUGAAGGCUUCAGGCUAUAUCGUCCUCACCUGGCACCAAUGUCCAUCUAUGAAGUCAUGUACAGCUGCUGGCAUGAGAAACCUGAAGGCCGCCCUACGUUUGCCGAGCUGCUGCGGGCUCUCACAGAGAUUGCGGAAACCUGGUGACUGGAAACGGAAUGCCAACCCAAAGAGUCAUCUUGCAAAACUGUCAUUUAUUGUGAAUAUCUUUACCAUAUGGGGUCACUUAUGGUGAAUAUCUUUCUUCAGAGUUGCUGACUCUUGAAAACAGUGCAAAGAUCACAGCUUUUAAAAGUUUUAAAACUUUAAGAAUAUUCAGACAAUCGUUUUUCUAUGUGUGAGAGGGACUUGCACACUCUUAUUUUUCUGUAAAAUAUUUCACAUCCCAAAUGUGAAGAAGUGAAAAAGACUUCGCAGCAGUCUUCAUAGUGGUGCUCUUCAUGUUCAUAGCCCCGGAACCCUUGAGGUUCUUCUUCACAAGGCUGAGAGUGCUUCCUUCUUGAGGACGAGUGACAUUCAUCACUUCAGUGAUCCAUGCACAGAAUAUGAAAAUAAAUUCUUCCAACUCAUGGGAUAAAGGGGACUCCCUUGAAUAAUUUCAUGUUUUUGGGCUGUAUAGCUCUUUACAGAAAAUGGACCUGUAUAAACCACAUGAAUGUUAGUAUUCUGGAAAUGUCUUUUGUUAAUAUAAUCUUCCCAUGUUAUUUAACAAAUUGUUUUUGCACAUAUCUGAUUAUAUUGAAAGCAGUUUUUUUGCAUUCGAGUUUUAAACACUGUUAUGAAAUGUAAACAAAGCUUCCCUUUGAAAAGAUCCUGGUGACAUUCUAUUUCCAGGAAAAUCCGGAACCUGAUUUUAGUUCUGUGAUUUUACACUUUUUACGUGUGAGACUGGACAGUUUCAGAGGCCUUAUUUUGUCAUACUAAGUGUCUCCUGUAAUUUUCAGGAAGAUGAUUUGUUCUUUCCAGAAGAGGAGACAAAAGCAAGAUAGCCAAAUGUGACAUCAAGCUCCAUUAUUUCGGAAAUCUAGGAUUUUGAAUUCGAGAUGAAACAACCAGCAAUCACAGUUAAAUCUUAACUUUGCCUGCACUCUUUGUAGGAAUGAUCAGAAAUUUAUCUUUAUCAUUCUGAGUGCUUCAGGAGUACAAUAGGAAGAAAGAUACGGGAAAAAACACAAGUGUAAUCACCAUGAAGUCUAACAACAGGGGCCCGUUAUUUGCGUACUGUCCCACCCUGGAUCAUGGUUCUCUGGGAACAAGCUUCAUGAUUUUCAUUAGAGUUUAAAUUGUUGAUUGUCAGUAUUUGCGACUUUUAAAUUAUAUUUCCUCCACUCAAAGAAUGGUAUCUUUAUAUAUCAAUGACAUUCAAUAAAUGUGUAUUAUUUCUAAUGAGAUUCAGUUACAAGAAGAGACUUGAGAGUUCAAGUAGUGGUCUCAGAAAUGUUUGGGCUGAAUGUGGUGGCUCAUGCCUAUAAUCCCAGCAUGGGAUCGGGAGGUCAAGGUGGGAAGAUAGCUUGAGCCCAGUUUGAGACCAGCCUGGGCAACAAAGUGAGAUCCUGUCUCUAUUUAAAAAAAAAAAGAAAA